AUGUAAAAUUAGGAUAAAUUAAUAAAAUAAAUAUAAUCGAAUAGCUAGAGCAGAAUCAUGUAAAAAAUGGAAUAGGAACCGGAAUAAUCAUAAAUGAAUUUGAGAAUUGAACAAAGAAGAAAAAAUUAAUCUACACAAACCACAAUUGAUUAGGAAUCAAAUUAUAAAUGUUUAUAACAUCUAAGGCACAGCAUACUAAGAGAAAAGAAACAAAACCAGAAAAGCAAGAGAGUGAAUCAGAGGUAUAAAAUAAAUACAUAAUAAUUUUUGCAUCAAACUUUGAUUAAUUACGCAAAAGUUUUAUAUUUAUUAUUCAAAAUAAUGGAUUAAUUCUUAAUUGGCUAAUUAAUGAAAAUAGAAUAAAAUACUUUUUAUUAAAUGCAAACUUAAAGCAAGCAAAAAUAUUUGGGUUAAAUUUCUAUUUGGAGUCUUUUAUAGAAUGGUUGUUUCACUAUGAAUACUUAAUUUUUUUACUUGAUAGAUAGGAUUCUACCUUUUAAAUUUAUUUCAGAAUAUCGAUUUAUUGAAACCCUUAACUUAUAAGGGAGAAGUUUGAGUUAAUCAUCUUAUGGCUAAUCUUUCGAGACUGAAUAGGAUUUGUCAACAGCUCAAGAUUGA